AUGUCGACAAGCGAACCCAUGCCCGGAGGAAGUGACUGCCUGAUCAAAUUCGGAUCUCGGGCCGAUUACAACCGCUUCGUUGGCCAACUGCGCUCUCAACUCCGCUCGUAUCUGAUCACCUCAUGUCAAGAAAACAAUAUCGAAAUCGGCAGCCCGGACUAUCUGGCUGUCGAAUCCGUCCUCAUGGAUGUAUUCAUGAAAUAUACGCUCGAAUUUAUUAGGGAAAAUCUUCUCGUGGAUGGCCGUCCUCUUACACCCCCGCCAGAGUUUUCUGAGCCAUCUCGACGGGUCAAUGGGACCGGAUCAGCAGACCAGCCCAACAGCCAUCACAAUCGGUCGAAUAGCAGUCGAAGCAAGGAGCCCAAACCACCUCGGACGAGGCCAUGCGAUACGGCGCUGAACGAACGAGUGAUCCGACAGCAGUAUGCCCUCUAUGACGCUGCGGUUGAGAACACCCGGAAGCGGAAAGACCUUCCAGGCCACAUCGUCCAACGCAUCGAGGCCGCUGCCGAACAAUCUACCAAACACUUGCACUCCCAGACCAAAGAGGUCGAUCAACUCGAAGCUACUAGAGCCGAAGAAGCCGCUAAUGACCCUCGGCAGAGGUGGGACGUCUUGAAUGCUGAGCCGCCCAAUAUCCAAGAAACACAACAAGAUUUCACUAGUGCUAAUCAAGCUAUCUGUAAACUGAUUCAAUCCCUGCCUCAAUUAAUCCAAACUGCCUCUCGAGCCAUCAACUUACACGACGAAGUAGCAAACGCAUUGAAAUCCACUUGACUUACAUUCAUCCUCAAACGCACUUGUACCAAUUUUAAACUAGAUUUCGUUCUUUCUAUUGUUGUUUUUAAUAUUCACUUUACAGCUCCUCUCAUGUACGCUUUAAUUGCGAUUGUUUUCAUCAGUGAUUCGUAUACCAGCACAUGUAUUUCUAUCAAUCAGUAGACGAAUUCAGACCAAUUUAUAGCCACAGUGGAACCUGUCAGCAGGCUUAAUUAUCUGGACCAAACAUAUUCUUUGUUCUUCAAUUUUGUAUUCGACAUGGAUUGGAUCAAACAACAUGCACAUCAAUCGUAACCGUUUGAUGCGC